GUGCCAAACUGAAAGUUGGUAAGGAGAAUUGUGUUUUGAAGAGUUUUGAUAGGGUGACCUAAGUAUUGAGGGUCCUAGUGGUCGUAAAAACUGUAAUGGGCGCAGAGAGUAGUUUAAAACACAGGUGGUCUAGUAUAGACUUGCGUGUAUGCUUAGAUCUCGGAUGGCAUCUGUAUAUGCGCUAUCUCAGCUGUCUCCCAUCCAGUGAUUUCUGAUGAGUAAGGUGUCUCACUCUCAGCGCCACACUCAGCAGGAUCAGUUAACAGAAUCAUGUAGCCUGAGAACAUGUUUCCUCCAUGAAACUUGCAUUGUAAGUAAGUCUCUCUGCUAUAUUCACUUCCCAUAUUUUGGGGCACAUUUUUCCAUCAUGCUUUUUCAGAUGGUGAUGCUGGUGAAGGAGAACCCCUUACUGGUGGACGUGGUUGCCCUGGAGAAGUGCUACCGUGUGAUGGAUCUGCUCUGCGAGCAGUGCGUGAAACAGCAGGACAUGAAUGAGGUUCUGGCCAUGAAAAUGCACUACAUCAGCUGCAUACUGCAGAAGUGUCUGGCCUUCCUGCAGGAAUGUGACGACAAACUGGACGCCCUUUUGAAGAGAUUUCUGAAAGGAAGAGAUGGUGAUGGCUUCCCUCAGUACCAGGAGAAAUUCAUCUGGGAUUGUAUUUGGAAGUUUCCCUAUUGUGAAGCAACCCUGCUGCAACAGCUGGUCCAAAGCAUAGCACCUGUGGAAAUUGGGAACAACCCCACAGCCUUCUCGGUUCUGACCCAGGCAUUGACAGGCCAGAUGGUGCUUAUGAACACAGAGUACUGUGCUACAUGUGGGGACAGGGGUGCCGACAUGAAGUGCUCCUUCUGUAAAAUGGUGGUCUACUGUGGGCAGACGUGUCAGAGGCUGCACUGGUUCACCCAUAAGAGGCAGUGCAAAACCCCUGUGCAACAAAGAGAUGCUCAAUUCAACAGCCAACCAAAACUGAGAGAACUCUCUAGCAAUGCUGAUAACAGUGAUGCAGAGAAGGCCGCCAGCUCGAUGCUGGCUCUUUGUCUGGGGUUGUCCGAGUGUGCACUUCAGCACAGUCCUUCUGAUGACCACCGUGAAGAUGAUCCUUGUGCUGGACAGGACUAA